AUGGGCAGCUACAAUUACUACAAAAUGUUUGGUUGUUUCAACCGGAAGUUCAAGAUCAGCGAGAAGGAGCCACCGCUGGACGUGAAGGAGGCGUUUCUCCGGUACUCGGACAUGGGUCCCAAUGAGCCAUACAUGACGUCAGAUCAGCUGCUGAAGUUCCUUAUCGAGUAUCAAAAGGAGGAAGAUAGUACUUUUUCUGAUGCCGAAAGGAUCACAGAACAGAUCUUCCAGCGCUGCCAUCACACAGCCUGGCGCCCCGGCCUUACCCUCGACGACUUCUUUUAUUUUCUCUUCCAGGAUGAUCUCAAUGGCCCUAUUAAACCUCAGGUACACCAUGAUAUGACUGCUCCAUUGCAACACUAUUUCAUAUAUACAGGUCACAAUUCCUACUUAACUGGAAAUCAAUUGAGCAGUGAUUGUAGUGAAACCCCAAUCAUAAAAGCUCUAGAAAAUGGUGUGAGGGGAAUAGAACUUGAUUUGUGGCCGAAUUCUGCAAAAGAUAAUGUGCAUGUUCUUCAUGGAAGAACCCUAACAACUCCAGUGCUCCUUCCCAAAUGCUUGAAGUCUAUUAAAGAACAUGCUUUUGUUAAAUCUCCCUACCCCGUUAUAAUUACUUUAGAGGACCACCUUACUCCAGAGCUUCAGGCUAAAGUUGCAGAGAUGGUUAUGCAAAUUUUUGGAGAUAUGCUGUAUUACCCUGAGUCUGGAUGCUUGGAAGAAUUUCCUUCACCUGAAGAGUUAAAUCAUAAAAUCAUUCUCUCAACCAAACCACCCAAAGAGUACCUUGAAUCAAAGAAUAUCAAGGAUCAAGAAACUUCCUUAUCGAUGGAGGACUUUGACGAUGACCUAGAUGAAACCAAAGCUGAUUACAAGAGUGAUAGUGAUCAAGAUGACGAAGACAAUGACGGCUAUCAUCAAAAAUCAGGCAGCCCGGCAGCACCACAAUACAAGCAUCUGAUUGCAAUUCAUGCUGGCAAGGCAAAACGUAGCCCGAGGCAUUCAUUAAGAACCAGAAUUGAUAAAGUUAAUAGACUUAGUUUGAGUGAACAAGUACUUGAAAAAGCUGCAUCAUCUUACGGAAAGGAUGUCGUGAGGUUCACCCAAAAGAAUAUUCUGAGAGUGUUUCCUAAGGGAACACGAGUAACUUCAACAAAUUUUAAGCCAAUUACUGGAUGGAUGCAUGGAGCUCAGAUGGUUGCCUUCAAUAUGCAGGGAUAUGGAAAAUUUCUUUGGAUGAUGCACGGAAUGUUUAGAUCCAAUGGAGGUUGUGGUUAUGUGAAGAAACCUGAUUUACUUAUGAAGACAUGCCGAAGCAAUGAGGUAUUUGAUCCAAAAUUACCAUGGCCGGUGAGACAAACUUUAAAGGUGACUGUGUACAUGGGAGACGGAUGGCGUUUGGAUUUCAGUCAUACGCACUUUGAUUCAUUUUCACCACCAGACUUCUACACGAAGGUUCACAUAAUAGGUGUGCCGGCAGACGCUGCCAAGAGAAAAACAAGGAUAAUUGAAGAUGAUUGGGGACCUAAUUGGAAUGAAGAAUUUAUAUUCCCGUUGAGAAUUCCAGAGCUGGCUUUACUACGGAUAGAAGUACGUGAAUAUGAUAUAUCCGACAAGGAUGAUUUUGGAGGGCAAACGUGUUUGCCCGUCUCAGAAUUGAGACCUGGCAUAAGGGCUGUCCCGUUAUACGACAAAAAGGGUCAGAAAUUCAAAUCCGUGAGGCUUCUAAUGCGGUUCAAGUUCGAAUGA